UGGGAGGGGCAGCUGGUAGGUGGGGGUCCGGGGUUCUUCGAUGGAGUGGGAAGGGAGAGCACGGCGGAGCGAGUCGGUCGAUUUUGGGCAGCGGGGUUCCAUCACCUCGACCGCACACACGUAUAUAGUACGGAUGCAACAAUAUCACUCGGUCCCUCCCCGCUCGAAGCUCGGGGGCGAGGCGUCGGAGUGUUCGGCAUAUGACUCGGCGUACGGCACGAGCAGGUUCGUGCGCCAUAGAAUACACCACUUCACUGGAAAGCAUAUCUCGGUCGGAGUUAUUCAUGUCAUCUUUCUAUGGCUGUUGGGCGGCUCUGGAUCAGACUCGAGUCGAAGACUAGGCUGUAUGCUUGAUACGAUCGGCCUUUCGAACGGUCAUUUCGAAAAUACUAGGACCUGCUUGAUUUGCAGUGCGCCUGCAGUCUUGAUGGCAGAAUCUAACGUUGUCUGCGAUAGUAGAUAUGUUGAGUGUUUGGAUGAGGCCGCCUUGGCUUUCGAGUCGGAUGGGCAUGACAACUUCUGCUUCAGCUUCAAUGCUAGCGGGCAUCUCCUGAGGACCUGAGGCGGUUUCAGGAUCAUCGAGUUAGGCAGUCCAGCGAAGCAAGUCCUUCGGCCAAUGUGGGACUUCCACGAGUCAGCGAAGAUUUGAGGCACAUAUCUGAUGUAAAAGUUUCCUUUAUAAUUGAGCAUCAUGUCAGAAAAGGCAUGUGACAAAGAGAAAACGAGGCUCAUAAUGUAAU